AUGGGCUUUCAGGAAGCAUUCGUCUUGGACACCCUCUGCUUCACUAGCAUCACCCUCUCCUACAUCUUCAUCUUCUCAGCCAUGCUGAGGAUGCCGUUCUCUGAGGGCCGAUCCAAAGCUUUCUCCACCUGCCUACCCCAUCUCACUGUCUUCAUCAUUUUUGUCUUUACCGCAGCAUGUGCCUAUCUCAAAUCACCUGCAGACUCGCCCUCAGCUCUGGAUCUACUGGUUUCCAUGUCCUAUACCAUGGUGUCCCCCACUCUAACAUGGAAGUCGCUUCCUGGCUGGGGCCCUGCUGCGCAGCAGCAGCACUUCGGCCAGGAGUUUGUCCUGGACGUCAGAAAACGUUUCUGGAGAGAAGUGACAGACUCACCCUCGGCUCUGGAUCUGGUGGUUUCCAUGAUCUACAGUGUGGUGCCCCCCACUCCCAUGUACUUCUUUCUCAAGAAUCUGUCCUUCAUAGACCUCUGCUACAUUUCUACCACGGUCCCCAAGUCCAUUGUCAACUCCUUGACCAGUGACAGCUCCCUCUCCUUUCUGGGUUGUGUCUCGCAGCUCUUCCUAGUGGUCUUGUUUGCUGCUUCAGAGUUUUAUGUCCUCACUUCAAUGUCUUAUGACCGCUAUGCCGCCAUCUGCUCCCCCUUGCGUUAUGAGCUCAUCAUGAACAAAACAGCCUGUGUGCGCUUAGUAACAGCAUCAUGGCUCAGUGGGGGUCUGUUUGGAGUCUGGCUUUCAGUUUCUACCUUCUCCCUGAACUCUUGUGGGUCCAAUAUUGUCCAGCAGUUCUUCUGUGAUGUCCCCCCUAUGCUGAAGAUCUCCUGCUCUGAGGACCACAUUGCCAUAGAUGUGAGUGUGGCUACUGGGUUAGUCUUAGAUGGCAUCUGCUUUUUCGUCAUCUUCUCCUAUGUCCACAUCUUCUCAGCCGUGCUGAGGUUGCCGUCCUCCGAGGGCCGAACCAAAGCCUUCUCCACCUGCCUGCCCCAUCUCACUGUCAUCAUCAUUUUUCUCUUUACCGCAGCAUUUGCCUAUCUCAAACCACCUUCAGACUUGCCCUCGGCUCUGGAUCUGCUGGUUUCCAUGUUCUACACUGUGGUGCCCCCCACUCUGAACCCCCUUAUCUACAGUCUG